CGUCUUGUAAAAAUGUCAAGAAUAUUGACACAUCCUUAUUGAUUCUUCAAAAAGACCAAAACCUCAACCUUAUAUGAACUACAAUUAUGAGGAGAAGAUCUAGCAGCAUUUCUGACAAUGUCCCAUAUCCCAAACCCACCAUGUACCUCAGAGUUGCCCAAAUGAUUUUGUGUUUGGUUUGCCUGAUCCUUGCUAUUUUCUUCUGGACCUCUGGACAUAUGUUUGUUGGUGCUACUGUGGUGCUGUUUGCAACUUCAUUUGGGUUUCUUGUGGUUACUGUUAUAGAUGUAGUAGCUAGCUUGAAAAGAAAGCAUUACACAGCUCCUGUUUGGGUUGGACUGGCAUUUCUUGCAGCAUUUAUGUGUUUUCUGUCAUUUGGAUUCAUGCUCUUUCAAUCAGUUCUAUUCAACAUGAUGAUUGGUGUCGUGUUUGCUAUUACUGGAGUUGUAUUUUUGGUGGAUGGUGUAAUUUUGAUUGUACGUGCUUUCGAGUCGAACCUUUUGAGGAAAGUCCAUCCAAUAUCAGAAGAAAAACCAGAUAAACAGACUUUCGACCAACCUGUUCAAGUUGAGGACGAUUUGGAGAUAAUAGAAGAGCUGCCAGUUGAGACUAGGAGGAUAGCACCAGUAGGUGCUGGUAAAAGAAGAUCUUCAUUUCCGAUUACUAGUUACGGUGGCACGUUUCCGGUUGGUGGGAGCGAUGCCCCUCCUCUUCCCACUCCAGACAAUCUUACAGGGAUAGAGCCAGCAGUACCGGCUAACUUAUACGUGCCAAAAAGAAAUACCCUAGAUAAUUCUCCAAGAACGCAUUCAAUUUCUAGCGAUGUAUCUUCCAAUAAGAGAACUUCGAUUGACGAGACUAAGAACCUUUAUCCUUCAGCUGGCGAUGGAAAUCAAGGCGAAGGGAGCCUAAGGUCACAGCAUAAUGGCAGUCGUGUACUGAGUGAACAAUCCCGUCAAGUGAACCUAACAAACUACUCUUCAGCGCCAACCGUUGACCCAUCCAACGAAGAACCCGCCGAAGAUGCUGUGAUCCACAUAAAACGAUCUUAUCCACCACACCACACCACACCUUUGCAGCCACAGCAACCUUCCCUGAACCAGGAGGAGGAAGUGUCACCACGCAUAUACUUGACUCCUUACCAAGCAGCAGGAGACCAACGCCCUAACUUUGAAGUGCACCAACUGCCAUUCGAUCCAAGGUAUCAGCUGGACAGCGUGCCAUGUCAAGUGCAAACCUGUCAAUGUUGCGCAUCAAGAGUAUACGACCCAACGGAGCAGAUAACACCUUACGUAACCCACCACUACAGCCAAUCGCCCUGUACAUGUGGGUACACCCAUUAUCGAGCAUCCACAGUGGUCAAGGGGGCUGUGAAACAAUACCCGCAGAAUUCAGUGCAGCAACAGCAGAGGAUCAUAGAGGAGCAGCUGGAGCAGAUGAGAGACAAUAGGAUGCAUCACGGUUGCUCCUGUCAUGAUAAGACCAGACAGGGACAGAACGUUGGUUAUACUGCUCCAGCUGCACUGGACAUUGAAAGGCAUGAAGCUUUGACGUUAUUAUCAGAACACAAUGAACCGAAUUUAGAACAACCCACAGACAUCAGUACAUCUUUAGAUUAUGGAGUGAUGAACCAAGAAUUCGGCAGCGUGAAUGAAGGAGAUAGUAACGAGUCUGUGUUUAAAAGAGAAAGUUUUUUUGAUGAAGGCGAUGACAGCACGUCCAAACCAUUGAGUUUACGAAACACCCGCAAUCGAAACCUAUCAGAUCAGGACAAAUCAAUGAAUAGAAAAGUAACCAUAGGAACCUUAGACAUAAUAUCACCAUCGUAUUCGGAUGUAAGUAACGAAUCCCAAUACAGAAGAUGGGCAGAAAGUGUAGAGACUGAUCACGUGUCGAAAAACACUAGGAAAACAAUAGUGAGCCAAGUAUAUGCUCCGAACAUACUGAGGAGAACCUCAUUGGAUAGUCAUGGUGGGUAUGGCCAGCAAAAACCAACUCUUGAUACCAUUGGGGAAGAUCUGCAAGAGCCGCCUAAUACUGGGCGUUAUGUGAGAAGUUUAAGUGAAGCUUUGGAUGUUGUAGAUCGAAGGAAGAUUAGUCAACCAGCCCAAGAAAACAUCGUGCAAACUGAAGAACAUGAAACGAUUCAUACCAACACUAAUCUUGACAGACUGGGAAACAAAAGGAUCAACGAUAGUUACGUGUUGAUAAGAAAUAGUAGAUCGACGGAAGUUCAAGAUGCCGCAUCCCAGGCCAUUUCAAUAAAUGGGAGAAGUCUUCAUCUCGAUGAGCAACCUAUCAGAAAAUACUCCAACAAUGAAUCUGUGCAAACUGUACAAACGAACGUAAGUGAAAACCUUUCUUGUCCGUGUCAGCCUGGUUCAGAACUGUCUUUCGUCUUGGACGAAAGUAAUACUUGGUCUUCUGAAGCUAGGGAAGCUGAAAAAUCAGCUGAAAUAGCUCCACCUGUCGAGCGGAAUCCUAAAACUUAUUGCUCGGGUAUUCCUCCGAAAUGUUUGUGCUGCCCAAUGUUGAAAAGUGAGGUACUUAGAUCUUCAGUCAAUUUCGUCACGAAGGACGACGAUAGAAGAGCUUCGAUUGUUUCUCAUGUAUUGCCCUCUCAUCGAAGAUCUGGUGAUGAAGGUAGCUACCGUAGUACUCAGGGAAAGGAAUGGGAUAACGAUGAAAUGAGGAGUAGUAGACGUUCAUCACUGGACAAUAGAAGUAUAUUAUCAAAAGAUAAUAGAAAUCGAACUAGAGCAACAUUAGAUAAUGAUGAUAUAAGAAGUCAUAAACGUAUGUCACUGGACAGUAGAAGUACACCACCUAAAGAUAAUAAGAAUCAAACUAGAGAAGUAUUGAAUAAUGAUGAGAUAAGAAGUCAUAGAGGUAGGUCACUGGAUAGUAGAACCAUACAAUCUACAGAUAACAGAAAUCAAACUAGAGUACCAUCGGGCGUUUAUGAGACUAGAAAUCCUAGACGGGUAUCAUUGGACAGUAGUACACCAUCUAAAGAUGAUAGAAAUCGAACUGCAGCACCAUUGGACAAUGAGGAGAUAAGAAGUAAUAGACGUUUGUCUUUAGACAGCAAAACUCAAUCAGCUAACUAUAAUGAUAGGAAUGCAUUAGAUAAUCAAUCUAGGAGUACGAGACGUUCUUCUUUGAACAGCAGAAAUAUACCACUCAACUAUGAUAUGAACAGUUUAGAGAAUCAAAUUGAACAGGUAUUGAACGAAGAUGAGAUAAAAAGUCAAAGACGUUAUUCUCUACAGAGCGGUCCGCCAAACUAUGAUAGAAAUACGCUAGAGAAUCAAAUGGAAGGAACAUUGAAUAAUGAUGAUACAAGGAGUCAAAGAUCUGUGAACAGCAGAAAUAUAUCACUCAACUAUAAAAGAAAUACGUUAGAGGAUCAAAUAGAGGAAUCGAAGAAUACAGAUGAAAUAAAGAGUCAAAGAGGUUUGUCUCUCAACAGUCGUAAUAUGUCACUUAACAAUCAUAGAAAUAUGCAAGAUAAUUAUUCUGGAUUGCCAAGAAUGUUGGAUCCUAUCCAAGAACAAAGAAUAAGAGAGGAUAUACAUCUCAGUGAUUCAGAAGAGAAGAUUAGUCAUAUUCCACCUUACUUCGAUGGGUUUCCAAAGGUUAGGACGAAGAUGGCCAAGGAACCUUGCGUUUGUGAUUGUAUAUGUAAUCCUCGAUGUGGACCAAGAGAUAUGAAAGAAGCCCAAGAAGCUCCAGCUACUAAUAAGUAUACUGCUGUACCGUUAAAUCAACAACCCUAUCAUCCUAAGGAUGACUUUAGGAUGAUGCCAAAUCCUUUUACUAACUUUGACCACAAAAGUUCAAGGUUAGAAGAUGCUAUAGGUCCGUCCAAAAGGUACAGUUCGAAAGGAGAAAACUCUCAAAAGAGAUACCAAGAAGAUGAGGAUCGAUAUCGAAGAUCUACACAGAGGUCAACAGCAUUGAGAGAUUCGGUACAUAGAAGAACAGAUUUUGAUCAGAGUCCAGAUUUUGCUAUGAGGAUGGAUGCACAAGACAGAGAAUGUCUAGAACAGUGUCCUAGUUGUCCUGUAAGGAGAAGAAAGAUGCAGAGAGAGGCGAAAUUGAUGGAGGAAAUGAAUUAUAGGAACACAUCCAGUAUUUCGAAAAGAGGGCCCUUGAAAAGAUCCUAUCCCGAUGAAAGAAAAUGAAGAUAAAAUGAGUGUGUUUAGAUUAAGCCUAAUUAUAUUUUUAUGUUACUCGAAUUAUAUUUUAUGGGAAACAAUUUCUUUUUUAGAAAAAAUAAAGAUAUGAACAUAACUAUUGGGUAUCUAAAUUCAA